AUGGCUAUUAAGGCGCAGCAGAAAGUGAGCUCGGAAUCGGAAAAGGCUGGCGGACAGAGAGGCAAAACAAACGGUGGGCAAAAGGUGAGCAGCCUGGGUGGUGCUCAUGGCAUUGGGAAGAAGAAACCCCAGAGAACAAAACAAGUGGAAUUUUUGAAACAGCUGUUGGGAGUGCAGAGAAAGGAUGGACACACGUCUCUGGAGUUAAAGGACCCCUGGCGGAAGAAAGAACCUGGAAAGCGCUUUGUCCGGCUGAGCAAGGGCUUGGGCUGCGGGCGGGCUGAGGGCGGGGCAAGGGGGCGCGCGCGGGAGCGGCGGCGAGCUGCGAUUGGGCGGCUGCGGGCGGCACGUGCUGCCGCGAGGCCGCGUCCGGUCGCCGCGGUGCCGCCGGAGCCGUUGCCGCCGUUGCCGUCGGGGCGAGCGGUCGGUGCGAGAGAGAGAGAGCGGGAGUGCGGGGCUGGCGGAGCCGGCAGCAGCCCUGCCUGCGGACGCGGACACGGCGCCAUGUGCGGGAUCAGCUGCGGGCCCUGCUGCGGACGGGCUCGGAGCUUCCCCUUUCGGACCCUGUGUGUUUGGAGAUGUUGGAGGAGACCAAGGAGGAGGACACCCAGGAGGAAGAGACAUGAGGAAGAUGUGGAGUCUCUGCACAGCCUUGAGGAGACUGUGCCCAAGGCAACCAAGGAAGAUGUGGAGACUACAGAGCGCGUUGUGGAGACUCCAGAGUGCGUUGAGGAGACUGUAAGCAAGACCAGAGAGGAAGAUGCGGAGGCUCCAGCGUGCAUUCAGGAGAGUCCAGAGCACAUUGAGCAGAUUGUAAGCAAGACAAGAGAGGAAGAUGCAGAGACUCCAGCGUGCAUUGAGGAGAGUCCAGAGCACACUGAGCAGACUGUAUACAAGACCAGAGAGGAAGAUGCGGAGAUUACAAGCAAGGUAUCAGACGAAGACGCAGAGACUCCAGAGCGCAUUGAGAAGAGUCUAAGCAAGGCAACAGAGGAAGACACCAAGGCUGCAGAGUGCAUAGAGGAGACUCCAGGCAAGCCAGCUGAAGAAGACAUGGAGACUCCACAGAGCCUGGAAGACAAUGUGAGGAACCAACCUGGGAAAGAUGUGGAGGUUCCACAGAGCGUUCAAGAGAGCACAACUGAGGAUGGAGCUGAAGACGCACAAGAAGGAGCUGUUGACUGUGACACCCUGAGAAGAGCGCAGAUCCAGCAGACUGAGGGUGAAGGAGCAAGAUGGCUCGGGGCUGAAGGAGACCAGUUACCUGCAGAACACGCUGUCAGCCCGGACGAGACGUGCAAAAGCAGGGCCCUGAAAGCUGCAACUUUGGAAAAGCUGGUGGAGACGCUUCCAAUGGCAUUUGCGGAUAAUGACUUUACAUACAUCAACACCUUCCUCUCAACGUACAGGGCCUUUGCUUCCACCAGCACAGUCCUGGAGCUGCUCCUGGACAGAUACGGAAACCUGGAGAUCUCGGGCUCUGAAGAGCGUGGAAGCCAGAAUUCCCCCGGAUCCAGCACAGUGCUCAGGACUGCGAUCGCAUCGAUUUUACAAGCCUGGCUCGACCAAUGUGCCGAGGAUUUCCAAGAGCCGCCCGACCACGUGUGUCUGCUGAAGGUGCUGAGUUAUCUGAAGAAGAACAUGCCCGGCUCUGACCCGGAGAAGAGGGCGCAGAACCUCCUGGAGCAGUUCCAGAAAGAAGAACUGGAGAAUGAUGACGCGUUCCACAGCCUUUCUCCCUGCAACCUGGAUGAGGAAGAGGAACUGGAGAUCAGCGGUGCACAGGAAUUCUCAUUGUUCCAAGAAGAGCUGGUGGCAGAACAGCUGACGUACAUGGACGCGACACUCUUCAAGAACGUUGUGCCCCACCACUGCCUGGGCUGCAUCUGGUCCCGCAGGGACAAGCAAGAGAACAAACACCUGGCACAGAGCAUCAGAGCCACCAUCUCGCAGUUCAACGCCGUCACCAACUGCGUGGUCAGCACCGUCCUGGACAGCAGAGAAUUAAAGACACGGCAACGAGCGAAGACCUUGGAGAAGUGGAUCCGUAUCGCACGUCAAUGUAGGAUCCUGAACAACUUUUCGUCUUUGAAGGCCAUUGUUUCCGCACUGCAGUCCACCUCCGUUUAUCGCCUGAAGAAGACCUGGGCCUGCGUUCCAAAGGACACAAUGCUGAUGUUCGAAGAGCUCUCAGAAAUCUUCUCCGACUGUGACAACUUUGCGACGAGCAGGGAGCUGCUGCUGAAGGGAGUCACCCAAGGCACGGUACCUUACCUGGGUACCUUCCUCACAGACCUCGUCAUGCUGGACACAGCCCUUCAGGACUAUCUCGAGGGCGGCCUGAUCAACUUUGAGAAGCGGCGAAGGUUUCCGGCUUUCACGCGAAAUUGAAGGAGCUGCUGACAAGAGUGUCGCAUCGGCCAAAGCUCA